AUGGGCAUUGUUACUAGUUGUGAACGAAACAGAAUAUCUCUUUAUAACUGGCAAGCUACACCAUGUUCCAAUAAGUCCAGUACUUCGUUCAAAAUAUUAGGGGAGCGGAGAGUAAAGUUAAAAGGUGUGCCGGAUAUCACGAACACGGACUUCUUUCUCCGGAAUCCGUAUGAGAAGGAUGCUGACAGGUACUAUUUGGCCCACCUUAUACCAGACAACACUGAUGUCGCUACAUUACCUCCAAACCGUUUCCCUGUUCCGGCAGGCGUGGAUCUACCCUCCGUUUACCCUCUUUGGUUAGGCAACUACAUCAACAACAAAGACGGGAUGAGAUUGAAGUUAGAGUUAUCCUCCUUGUCAAUGCCCGAGGCCUACAUUGAAAAAGUGUCCGAGGCUCACCACUUGCGUCAUAGACUUCACUAUCUUUCAUUAACCUACAUACACGAAGUGGACGAGACACGUCCUCGAUUCCUACUGUGGGAGGUCUACAAAGGCCGGCGGGAACGCGGUGUGAGGGUACAAAGACGUCGCCACCUCUACCCUAGGAUCGUCAUGUUGAGGAAGACGGAGACAUUUAUUAUCAUAGGUAAAGGUUUCAUGUUAAGACUUUAUCCGGUCCCUGAAGUAACAGAUCCUGACCAAUAUGGUGCCUUAAAAAACAACGGAGAGUUGCCUGUUUCUCUCGGUACGUACACCCGCAUCCUCGAUAGCAUCCCUUCUAUGUCAAUGGACUGGAACGUGCGUCUAUGGGCGUGGGAAAACGGUCGUCACUCCUAG